AUGUCUGCUGAAUUAAUUGAUGGUAAACUAAUUGCUAAACAAAUUAGAGAAAGAAUUCAUUCUGAAAUCUCUGAACUUCAAUCAAAAGAUGCUUCUUUUAAACCAACUUUAUACAUCAUUCAAGUUGGUUCAAGACCAGAUUCUUCCACUUAUGUUAAAAUGAAAUUAAAAGCUGCUACUGAAGCUAAUAUUACUUGUGUUCAUGAAUUAUUACCAGAAGAUGUUACUCAAACUGCUUUAUUAAAACAAAUUGAUGAUUUAAAUAAUGAUUCAUCCGUUCAUGGUAUUUUAAUUCAAUUACCAAUUCCAAAACAUCUUGAUGAAACAUUAAUCACAAAUAGAGUCGAUCCAGCUAAAGAUGUUGAUGGAUUUGGUUCUUUUAAUGUUGGUGAAUUAUAUAAAAAAGGUGGUGAACCAAAUUUUAUUCCAUGUACUCCAAAAGGUAUUAUUGAAUUAUUACAUCAAUCAAAAGUUCAAAUCGAAGGUUCAAAUGCUGUUGUUCUUGGUAGAUCUGAAAUUGUUGGUGCUCCAGUUGCAAAUUUAUUAAAAAAUGAAAAUGCUACUGUUACAACUUUACAUUCAAAAUCUUCAAAUAUUGAAUUUUAUUUAUCAAAUGCUGAUAUUAUCAUUAGUGCAAUUGGUAAACCAAAUUUUGUUAAAGGUGAAAUUUUGAAAAAAGGUUCUGUUGUUAUUGAUGUUGGUACUAAUUAUAUUGAUGAUUCAACUAAAAAAUCAGGUUCAAGAUUAGUUGGUGAUGUUGAUUUCCAAAGUGCUUUACCAAUUGUUUCUAAAAUUACUCCAGUUCCAGGUGGUGUUGGUCCAAUGACUGUUGCUAUGUUAUUAGAUAAUGUUAUCAUUAGUGCUAAAAGAUUUUAUGAAAUAUCAAAUAAAGGUGAUAAUUUUUUUAAUAAUCCAUUAACUUUAAAUUUAAAAAAACCUGUUCCAUCAGAUUAUGAAAUUUCAAGAGAACAAACUCCAAAACAUAUUACUGAAAUUGCUAAUGAAUCUGGUAUUUUACCACAAGAAUUGGAACCUUAUGGUUCAUAUAAAGCUAAAGUUACUUUAGAUUUAUUAGAUCGUUUACAAAAUAAAAAAAAUGGUAAAUAUGUUUUAGUCACUGGUAUUACUCCAACUCCUUUAGGUGAAGGUAAAUCAACAACUACUGUUGGUUUAGCUCAAGCUUUAGGUGCUCAUUUAAACAAAAGAGCUUUUGCUAAUGUUAGACAACCAUCAAUGGGUCCAACUUUUGGUAUUAAAGGUGGUGCUGCCGGUGGUGGUUAUUCUCAAGUUAUUCCAAUGGAUGAAUUUAACAUGCAUGUCACUGGUGAUAUUCAUGCUAUUUCAAUGGCUAAUAAUCUUUUAGCUGCUGCUAUUGAUACUAGAAUGUUUCAUGAAAAUACUCAAAAAGAUGGUCCUUUAUAUAAAAGAUUAGUUCCUUCUAAAAAAGGUGAACGUAAAUUUACAAAAGGUAUGCUUAGAAGAUUAGAAAAAUUAGGUAUUGAUAAAACAAAUCCUGAUGAUUUAACUCAAGAAGAAAUUUCUAAAUUUGUUAGAUUAGAUAUUGAUCCUGAAACUAUUACAUGGCGUCGUGUUGUUGAUAUGAAUGAUCGUUUCUUAAGAGGUAUUACCGUGGGUCAAGCACCAACUGAACGUGGUUUCACAAGAGAAACAGGAUUUGAUAUCUCUGUUGCUUCAGAAUGUAUGGCUGUUUUAGCUUUAUCUAAUUCUUUACAAGAUAUGAGAGAAAGAUUAGGUCGUAUUGUUAUUGGUGCUUCCAAAGCAGGUGUUCCAGUUACUUGUGAAGAUAUUGGUGCUGCUGGUGCUUUAACUGCUUUAUUAAAAGAUGCUAUUAAACCAAAUAUUAUGCAAACAUUAGAAGGUACUCCAGUUUUCAUUCAUGCUGGUCCAUUUGCAAACAUUUCAAUUGGUGCUAAUUCUGUUCUUGCUGAUAAAAUGGCAUUAAAAUUAGCUGGUACUGAUGAAGGUUCCAAAGCUCAAGAAGGUUAUGUUGUUACUGAAGCAGGUUUCGAUUUUACAAUGGGUGGUGAAAGAUUUAUUAAUAUUAAAGCACGUUCAUCAGGUUUAAUUCCAGAUGUUAUUGUUAUUGUUGCAACUGUUCGUGCUUUGAAAGUUCAUGGUGGUGGUGCAGAAGUUAAAGCUGGUGCUCCAUUACCAUCAGAAUAUUUAACAGAAAAUUUAGAAUUAUUAGAAAAAGGUACAGAAAAUUUACAAAAACAUAUUUCAAAUGCUAAACAAUAUGGUUUACCAGUUCUUGUUGCAAUUAAUGCAAUGAGUUCAGAUACUAAAGCUGAACAUGAAAUUAUUAGAAAACAAUCAUUAGCAGCUGGUGCAGUUGAUGCUAUUGUUUCUAAUCAUUGGGAAGAAGGUGGUAAAGGUGCAGUUGAUUUAGCAGAAGGUGUUGUUAAAGCUGCAAAUGAACCAAAAGAUUUUAAAUUUUUAUAUGAAUUAGAAGGUUCAAUUGAAAAUAAAGUUGAAAGUAUUGCUAAAAAAAUGUAUGGAGCUGGUGAAGUUGAAUAUUUACCAGAAGCUGCUAAAAAAAUUGAAUUAUAUACAAAACAAGGUUUUAAUAAUUUACCAAUUUGUAUUGCUAAAACUCAAUAUUCUUUAUCACAUGAUGCUGCUUUAAAAGGUGUUCCAACUGGUUUUAAAUUCCCAAUUAGAGAUAUUAGAGCAAGUAUUGGUGCUGGUUACUUAUAUGCUUUAGCUGCUGAAAUUCAAACCAUUCCUGGUUUACCAACUCAUUGUGGUUUUAUGAAUGUUGAAGUUAAUGAUGAUGGUGAAAUUGAAGGUUUAUUCUAA